AGAUAAUUACAUUUCCUGUUUGAACGUCUUACUUUUAUACGGAGUAUUUUUUUCGAAAUAAAAAUAUAUGAAGUAACUAAUAAUUGACCCAUAUUUCAUUCAGUAAAACCUUGAUUACUCCGUAAAAACAAACCCCUUCUUAGUAGUAGUAGUAGUAGGAUUAAGAUUUUAUUGAACGAGUAACUAAAAGCCCGAACAAAAUGGACAAAAUCCAAUUAGAUAGUCUGAUAAUCUUCCCACAGAAUAAAUAUGACAACUGUAAAAUAUAAGUACUUCCUUCAGUAAAUAAAGACCGUACAAAUUUAGAAAGUUGGCAAACUUCAAUUUCUCCUUCCCCCGUUACCUCACUGGGCUCACUCCCACAGAGGACGCAAAGCAGCUAUGAAUAUAAUGCAUCCCAUUCAAUUUCCACAGUUUCCGCCCAAUUUUACUCUUUGAUUAAUCUUCCAUCACUCCAUUUCGAACCCUAAUGGAAACCCCUACAACUAUGACUCGCUGUAAACCUCGCCGGAAAAUUAUUUACGCCGGCAUUGUUCUCCGCCGUCGUCGGUGUCUCCGUUACUGGCUGAUCUUACCGUUGCUAUACCUUUUAGGUUUGAUUCUCUGUGCUCGUCCACUCUCUCUCUUCUUAUUUCCAGUACCACCUCCUGGUUCUCUCUACCGCAGUCAUCAGAUCUUCCAGAAGCUACGCCACCACAUUCUCAGUGACGAUUCCCCUUCUAUUCAGUUAUCUAGUCUUUGGAUGUAUAAGAAAUUGAAAAUCGAAAAGCCUUGCAAAAUCACGUAUGAAGAAACGCGAAUGGAGAGCUCAGUUAACAAUGGAUAUCUAAUUGUUGAAGCUAAUGGAGGCCUCAAUCAACAAAGGUCUUCGAUAUGCAAUGCUGUGGCUGUUGCUGGCUUUUUGAAUGCCACAUUAGUAAUUCCGCGUCUUGAAUAUCACAAUGUCUGGAUGGAUAAAAGUCUUUUUGAUGAUAUCUAUGACGAGCAGCAUUUUGUAAGCACCCUUAGUGGCUUUGUGAGGGUAGUCAGGGAACUACCAACCGAACUCAUGGACCAAUUUGAUUACAACUUCAGUAAUGUACCUAUUGUUCAAGUCCCUGCUUGGUCUCCCAUCAAUUACUACCUUGAACAAGUUUUUCCAAUCUUACGGAAUCAAGGGCUUGUCCGCAUAGCUCCUUUUGCCAAUAGAUUGUCAAUGUAUAUUCCACCCGACAUUCAGUAUUUAAGAUGCCUUGCAAACUACAAAGCCUUAAAGUUUGCACCUCCUAUAUCAACACUUGCCAAAAGUUUAAUCAAGCGUCUGAUGGAGAAGAGUCCAACAACCGAUGGUAAAUUUGUCUCAGUCCACCUUCGUUUUGAAGAGGACAUGGUUGCAUUCUCAUGUUGCAUAUACGACGGAGGAAAGAAAGAACGCUUUGAAAUGGACUUUGUCAGAGAGAAAGGGUGGAAGGGGAAAUUUAGACGUAGGGGCACAGUUAUCAAUCCUGGCCUCAAUCGAAUCAGUGGAAAGUGCCCUCUAACUCCAGUGGAGGUUGGAAUGAUGCUUAGGGGAAUGGGAUUUGACAACAAUACAUUGAUCUAUUUGGCAUCAGGGAGACUAUAUCAGGAGGAGAGACAUCUAACUCCCCUAUUAGAGAUGUUUCCGCUUCUAUAUACCAAGGAGUCUCUUGCAACCCCAGAAGAGCUUGCUUAUUUUAAGGGGUACUCAUCAAGGUUGGCUGCUCUUGACUAUGCAGUAUGUUUAUUUAGCGAGGUUUUCUUGACCACCCAGGGUGGAAAUUUCCCGCAUUUUCUCAUGGGCCAUCGCAGAUAUAUUUAUGGUGGACAUGCAAAGACUAUCAAACCUGACAAGCAGAAACUUGUUCUUCUGUUUCAUAACAUUAGCAUCAGUUGGCAAGAGAUUAAGGAUGAGGUGAAGGUGAUGCUAGUAGAAAGCAACCGGGAAGGGCUAAUGAUGCCAAGAAUAAAAAAAUCUAACAGGCACAACUCAAUUUACAAAUAUCCAUUUCCGCAGUGUAGAUGUCUUCAAGAAGCUCAAAAUCUUACUGUAAAUAGAGAGAAUGUUUGUGAUGUGCUGGAUCACCAGCUAAAGCACAUUAUUUGACAUGGCUAUUCCCACGUUAUUCCAGCAUACCAUGCCAAGUUCAUACAGCAUGACAUACCUUGAUAAUUAUGCAUGAUCCGAGCUGUGAGUUUAAAUGGCCAAGUGCGAGACCAGUAGAGGUACUAUUAUUCAACUCCUUCAAGAUGCAAACAGAAUAUCCAUGUCCCUGUGUUGAUAUUUUGUGCAAACUGGGAUCUUACUGACAGCUCUGGUGCUGGUGGGUGAAUUUGGAUUAUGCUGGUUCAGUUGUAGUUAACAUCAGAAGUUGCUGAAUUGAGCAACUCCAUGAGAACUGAGUAGGGGAACCCUGCAGCCUUAGAAGUUAAAAUAGUGUCCAUUUUGCAGUAGUGGCUAGGACAUUCCUAGGACCAAUUUUGAUGUAACCCAUUGGGACGACUACCUCUAAUUGUUAAUAAUCUUUUUUGUUAGUUAAUCAAACAAAAGUCCCUCCAAUAUACAUUUUUUUCUGUCUAGAGAGGGACCCAUAAUUCUUGA